AUAGGGCGGGGAGAGGGGGAGAGGGAGAGAGAGAGAGAGAGAGAGGGAUGAGAGAGAAUCUGUUCUCUUUCAUUUCAUUCAUUGCGGAGCUACAUAACAAGAGCUUCGCUGCCGCCUCCUAUAAAUAUCAGCGUUCAUCCUCCAUUUGUCACGAUUAACCCAGAGCUCCCUCCGAUCACUACCCCCUUCCUCCUUUUCACCCUACUGACAGAGCUCAGAGCCCUCCUCUCUCUCUCUCUCUCUCUCUGCCUCUGUUGUACUCUUCUUUGUUCGGGCUUUUGAUUGCUUGCUUCCUUCUACCAAUCCCAAUGGACACCUACACUCUCCACUUAGCCAUGGCGGCGCUGGUCGGGGCCUCCUUCGUGGCCGUCUCCGCCUACUACAUGCACCGCAAAACCCUAAAUCAGCUCCUCGAGUUCGCCAAGACCGUCGAGAGGGACCGGGAGAGGGACCACGAAGACUCCGACCCCGACUCCCCCCAGCACAUGACGCGCCGCCGCUCCCACCCCCGCAGCCGCGGCAACGGCUACCGACGCAUCUCCGCCUCCCUCCCGGACGUCACCGCCAUGUCCGCCACCGGCGGCGGGAUGGACCGCGAGGAGAGGUGCAACGGCCCGAUUCCCGUGGACGGUAUUCCAGCUGGCCUCCCCAGGCUCCACACGCUCCCUGAAGGAAAAUCUGCUUCACUAUCUUCCAGUGCAAAGAGAACAGGGAGUCUCAUAAGACCAACUUCACCAAAAUCACCUGUUGCUAGUGCUAGCGCCUUUGAGAGUGUGGAAGGAUCAGAUGACGAAGACAUCAUGACUGACAACACAAAACUAGAUGCUACUUAUUUGCAUACCAAUGGGAAUGCUGAGCUGCCUGAUCACUGUAAAGCCAAUGGAGAUCAGAUGGCCUUGGCAGCAUCAAGCAUGAUUCGAUCUCAUAGUGUAUCUGGUGACCUGCACGGUGUUCAGCCAGAUCCCAUUACAGCUGAUCUAUUAAGGAAAGAGCCAGAGCAGGAGACUUUUGUGCGGCUUAAAAUUAGUCCAAAUGAGGUGCCAUCGCCAGAUGAGGUUGACUCCUAUCUGAUUAUUCAAGACUGCCUUGAAUUGCGGAAAAGAUAUCUGUUCAGGGAAACAUUUGCACCGUGGGAAAAAGAAGUUAUAUCUGACCCCAGUACCCCAAAGCCCAAUCCAGAUCCUUUUUCCUAUACUUCAGAGGGAAAAUCUGAUCAUUACUUUGAAAUGCAGGAUGGAGUCAUUCAUGUCUAUGCAAAUAAAGAGACGAGGGAGGAGCUAUAUCCUGUUGCUGACGCAACGACCUUCUUCACUGACUUGCAUUUCAUACUUCGAGUUAUAGCAUUGGGGAAUGUCAGAACUUUGUGCCAUCAUCGGCUGGUUCUUCUGGAGCAAAAAUUUAAUCUCCAUUUGAUGCUGAAUGCGGAUAGGGAAUUUUUAGCCCAGAAAAGUGCACCCCAUCGUGACUUUUAUAAUGUCAGAAAGGUCGAUACUCAUGUCCAUCACUCCGCGUGUAUGAACCAGAAGCAUCUCUUGCGAUUCAUAAAGUCGAAAUUAAGAAAGGAACCUGAUGAGGUUGUAAUCUUUCGAGACGGGACGUACUUGACCUUGAAAGAAGUUUUUGAGAGUUUGGAUUUAACCGGGUAUGACCUGAAUGUUGAUCUUCUGGAUGUUCACGCUGACAAGAGCACCUUCCAUCGAUUUGAUAAGUUCAAUCUCAAGUAUAAUCCUUGUGGUCAAAGUAGGCUCAGGGAGAUUUUCCUGAAGCAGGACAACCUCAUCCAAGGUCGUUUUCUCGCUGAGCUAACAAAGCAAGUAUUUUCUGAUCUUGCCGCGAGUAAAUAUCAGAUGGCUGAGUACAGGAUAUCAAUCUAUGGUAGGAAGAUGAGUGAAUGGGACCAACUGGCUAGUUGGAUAGUGAACAAUGAAUUAUACAGUGAGAAUGUUGUUUGGUUGAUUCAGCUUCCACGGCUGUACAACGUGUACAAGGAUAUGGGCAUUGUUACAUCCUUCCAGAACAUCCUUGACAACAUCUUUAUUCCCCUGUUUGAGGUGACGGUGGAUCCAGAUUCACAUCCUCAGUUGCAUGUCUUCCUUAAACAGGUCGUAGGUCUAGAUUUGGUGGAUGAUGAAAGUAAGCCUGAGAGACGGCCAACUAAACAUAUGCCAACCCCAGCUCAAUGGACCAAUGUUUUCAAUCCUGCAUUUUCUUACUAUGCAUACUAUUGUUAUGCUAAUCUCUACACAUUGAACAAGCUUCGCGAGUCAAAGGGCAUGACAACCAUCAGAUUCCGUCCACAUUCUGGGGAGGCUGGGGAUAUUGACCACCUUGCCGCAACAUUUCUCACCUCUCACAACAUUGCACAUGGCAUCAAUCUCAGAAAAUCUCCCGUACUUCAAUAUCUCUAUUAUCUAUCACAAAUUGGCCUUGCUAUGUCUCCUCUCAGCAACAACUCAUUGUUCUUAGACUAUCACCGGAAUCCAUUUCCACUGUUUUUCCUACGAGGCUUGAAUGUUUCACUUUCGACUGAUGAUCCGCUUCAGAUCCAUCUGACCAAGGAACCCCUGGUAGAGGAAUACAGCAUAGCUGCAUCUGUUUGGAAGUUGAGUUCCUGCGAUCUUUGUGAAAUUGCUCGCAACUCUGUGCUCCAAUCUGGUUUCUCGCAUGCUUUGAAGUGUCACUGGAUCGGGAAAGAGUACUACAAGAGAGGACCCGACGGUAAUGACAUCCACAAGACAAACGUGCCUCAUAUCAGACUGGAAUUCCGUGACAUGAUAUGGAGAGAGGAGAUGCAGCUGGUUUAUCUGGGCAAGGCCGUCAUUGCUGAUGAGCUUGAUAUCAAGUGAAAAAGGGCGCACAUCACUUGCACUCAAAGACUUCGUGUAUAUUACGAAUCUAGCCUACUAGUUGUCCAUCUAGCAACAGGGGUGAUCGAGUUCCUGUUGGGUGUUCCUCUCUCUGAGGUUUUUCUCUGGAGUGGAUAUGCAUAGCGCUCGGGGGCAGAGCUAAAGGGUGGGCCUGCACAGCUCAUAUUUUCCCGAAGUGAGGCAAUCAAUACAAGGCGCAGAACUGGAUCCAGCGCAAGAGAUUUUGUUUCUACCGGAAAUAGAAUUUAUCGGCAAUAUUUAUUAUGGUUACAUAACUUCUUAUCAAAUUUUGUUAAAUUACAGUAAGGCGGGCCGAGGUGCCUUAUUUAUAGUAAUCGGAAUUCAUGAGGCAAGAGAUGUAAAAGAUUGCUCUAUUAUUUAUAUAUUAGCAGUAUUUAGUAGUGUUUCUAUUACAUCAUCUUCACGGUAUUGAAGAUGAUGUAAUAGAAUAUGUUUACUUAAAUUUUUUGAAUAAAUAAAAGAUUAUCCGGUGAAGUUAGCUAAAAA